UGUUGUUGUUGUUGGCGUGUAUGUAGAGAGAGAGAGAGAGAGAGAGAGAGAGAGAGAGAGAGAGAGAGAGAGAGAGAGAGACCAUGAAGUACUUUGCUAAACCAUUACAUAAGCAGGUGUGUGGCAAGCAAUGUUUCGUGGUGGUGAACGUGGUGGUGGUGGCGGCCAACUUGUGUCUAGGCCUGGUGGUGAAUAUGGCCUUCCUGUCAUCACCAUCACCAUCACCACUCACCACCAGUCUGGCAGCCCCGGAUAACCUCACUACCUUGAUGGGGUCUGGCGGCACAGUCCCUGCAGCGUACGGUCUCAGCGACGCUUCUGGAAAUUUCACUUCCCACGCCUUUGUCUGGGCAGGGCGGGCGUGGCAGGAGACAACAGGUGCGGCGCAGGUGUGUCUAGCCACCCACGCCUCCACACAGCACCUCCACUGGAUCGCUACGCACGCACGCAGGUGGAGCGGCCCCAUAUCUGUUGCUGUUUACGUUGCUGGACGCGAAUAUGUCAUUGCCGCGGGGAUGGUAUCGUAUCUCCGCCAGUGUGUGGAUGGUGUGGAAGCCCGCGUGUCAUUCCACCUUGUCCACCCACGAGGGCACCCACCGGAGUCCACCAGGAGCCUUCCACCGGUCGUGACAUGCGGGGAGGCUGAAGAAGUGAACCGCAUAAUGGUGGCAGCGGUGGGAUUGACUCCGCAGCGGUAUCCACGCUACCCGCAGAACCUCCUCCGUAACAUGGCGUGGAGGGCGUGCCACACUCCACACGUGUUCAAUGUCGAUGUGGAUAUGAUACCAGUGCCGGCAAUGUACCCGCGUCUGUCUGAUUUCCUGGCGUCGCGGGUGGUGUGUGGCCGCUGCGCCUUUGUGGUGCCUGUUUAUGAAGUCAGCAGUAAGGUGUCCGAGCCGCCCCGGGACAAGAUGGCGCUGCUGAGGCUCCUGCUGAGUGGGAAGGCAAGGCGGUUUCAUUUAAAGGUGUACCAGAAGAACCAGGGCAACUCCCACUUAGAACACUGGGAGGUGGAGAGACUGUCCAUGUUUACCCAGUCUCAGCCCUUCUCGGUUCUCUUCAACAUUUCAACCUAUGAGGAAUUCUGGGAACCUGUGUUAAUCUUACCCAGAGGAUCGCCGCCCUUUGAUGAGAGAUUCAUUGGUUAUGGGUUCACCAGGAGCAGUCAGGUUUAUGAGCUUCACGUGCGCGGGUUUCACUUUGGCGUGCUGGACGAGGCGUUCCUAACUCACCUUGGGUUCCAGACUACUGCCACCUACACAUCCACCCGCUUUGCCCAGAUUGAGAUCAACCAUAUUCGCUACCAGAUGUUUAAGAAAGAGCUACACGCGAGACUAGGCCUUCCACAGCCCCCGCCACUCAGCGCCCCCGCCUCCCGUGUUGCCGCGCGCAUAAGAUUAAUGCUGAAGGGAGCGAACUCAGAGGGACCCUUUCUACACGAGGCGGUUUCAUCAGGCAAGCGCCGUGCCACUGACCCUGCCAGCACCAUGAGUCAUGCCAGUGUCAGCAUGUACGCGGCAGAGGCAGCCUGUCUCUGUCCUGUACCGGCGACGGGCGCGGCGCAGGGAGAGGCUGAGACAACACUGGGGUCACCCUCGCCUGCAUGA